AUGUCGGGUGGCACGCAGAAGAGUCUGAGAAAGGCACUCGGGGCACUUAAGGACACUACAACAGUCUCAUUGGCUAAGGUCAACAGUGAUUACAAGGAAUUGGACAUUUCUAUAGUUAGAGCCACAAAUCAUGUUGAACGUCCGGCAAAGGAAAAGCAUAUAAGAGCUAUAUUUGCAGCUAUCUCAGCUACAAGACCUAGAGCUGAUGUUGCCUAUUGCAUCCACGCACUUGCUCGGCGAUUAUCAAAGACACAUAACUGGGCAGUUGCAUUGAAAACUUUAACUGUUAUUCACCGUGCUCUAAGGGAAGUGGAUCCUACAUUUCAUGAAGAACUCAUUAAUUAUGGGAGAAGUAGAAGUCAUAUGCUCAAUAUGGCUCAUUUUAAAGAUGAUUCCAGUCCAAAUGCAUGGGAUUAUUCUGCAUGGGUCCGCACUUAUGCAUUAUUUUUGGAGGAAAGGCUGGAAUGUUUUCGUGUGUUGAAGUAUGACAUUGAGGCAGACCGCCCUAGGACCAAAGAUUUGGAUACUGCAGAACUAUUAGAGCAGUUGCCAGCUUUACAACAACUUCUCAAUCGAGUUAUUGGUUGCCAGCCACACGGGGCAGCUGUAAAUAACUUUGUCAUUCAGUUAGCGCUCUCAAUGGUUGCUUCAGAAAGCAUUAAAAUUUAUCAAGCUAUUAGUGAUGGCACAGUCAAUAUGGUUGACAAGUUUUUUGAGAUGCAACGCCAUGAUGCUCUGAAAGCUCUUGAUAUAUACAGGAGGGUUGGGCAGCAGGCCGAGAGACUGUCAGAGUUUUAUGAAAUAUGCCGAAAUCUUGAUAUUGGACGUGGAGAGAAGUUCAUUAAAGUUGAGCAGCCCCCUUCAUCAUUUCUGCAAGCAAUGGAAGAGUAUGUUAAAGACGCGCCCCAGGGACCAAUAGUUCGCAAGGAUCAGGCUAUUGAAAACAAGGAAGUUUUAGCUGUUGAAUACAAAAAGACAACAGAAGUGCAAGAGGAACGUCCACCCUCACCUCCUCCUUCUGAACCUGUGAAAGUGGAAACACCACCAGUACAACCACCACCUGAUCUGUUGAAUUUGGAGGAUCCAGUUCCAGCUGCUUUAGAAUUGGAAGAGAAGAAUGCAUUGGCUCUAGCCAUUGUUCCUGUUGAUGUUGAACAACAACCUUCUGCUGUGUCAAAUCCAGCAAAUGGAACUACAGGAUGGGAAUUGGCACUUGUUACUGCUCCUAGUUCAAAUGAGAAUGCUACGGCAGCUAGCAAACUGGCUGGAGGUUUGGACAAGCUUACUCUAGACAGCCUUUACGAUGAUGCCCUCAGGAGAAACAACCAAAAUGUCAGCUAUAAUCCAUGGGAGCCUGCACCAGUGGGAAAUGUAGGGCAACCAACGAUGCACGAUCCAUUUUUUGCCUCUAAUGCAGUGGCUGCUCCACAUUCUGUUCAGAUGGCUGCCAUGUCCAACCAGCAGCAAGCUUUCAUGUACCAGCAGCAGCAGCAAAUGAUGAUGAUGGCCCCUCAACAACAAUCAGUAAAUCCUUUUGGAAAUCCUUAUGGAGCCACUGUUCACCCCUAUGGCUCAGGUAUGCCUGUUCAAUCAUACAAUCCAUAUACAGGUCUCAUCUAG